AUGUCAAAUUCGAGCACGUCCAGCUCUCAGUCAAACGAAUUGUCAGCAACUAAAGCCCGACAACGUCGUUUAUUGUCGCUAGCACAUGGUAUUACUAACCUUCCAGAGCUUAUUCGACGCAGGCGCUUUGGUGUUCAGGUACCAGUCAAUUUUGAGACCGUUCAGACAACGAAUUCGCGCUGUCCAUGUUGUACACACAGUCUUGCGCCCGUCAAGAUGUCCAUUUUUAAGGCUGCGUCUGUGCUCGCAAAAAAGAGACUGCGAUCAUUUAAGAUGGACACAAGACGUUGUUAUCUUUGUGGCUAUCUUGUUUGCAUUGAUUGCUGGAGUGCAGAGUACAUGGAACGCACAGUCGGUCGUGUCGUAGCUAUUGUCGUCUGUACGCGAUGCCACGCGAAUGUGCAAGCUUGCGAUUAUUCAGAAGUCUCCGAUAGUCGGUACCAUCACGGCCCGGUGAAGGUGGUCGAAGAUCCAUCGGAUGAUUCGGCAGCUCCGUUGCUGAUAGAUUUUUUACAAGCAUCGUUGAUGAAUGUAUCGACUGAUCAUGCCGAUCGUGCUGCCAUUUUAUCAGUUAUUCGGAUGUUACUGCACCAGAAUAAAGAAUAUUCUAGUGAUGAUGAAGACUCCAGUGACUACGAUGAUUCUGAUCACGUAACUAUGCAAGUGCUCGACAAGUUUCUUAGAAACAAGGAGCAGUUGCCUGAUGUAGCAUCUUGUAAAUUGACUAGUGCAGAGCAUCGUGAAUAUCUUAUUGACUUACCAGUUGACCCAAGUACAAUGGUACCAUCUAGCGUGAUACCAAGCCAUGACAAUGUCCGUCUUCGACUUGCCAAUGAUAAAGGUCUGUUACAACUUGCCCACCAAUUGGCACCUUUGGACUCAAGUUCGAUAUCUAUUGAUCAGGUCUGUGAUGUGCGGGACCUUGAUUUGCUAUGUCAAUUAGCAGUGCGUGCUAUGGACUGCUCUAAUGCAUUUGUGACUGUUAUGGGUAUCAAUCAUAAUCACGUUUUGGCUACUACAAACCCUGGCUUUCAACAUGCGGUCGUGCCUCGAGAACAAACAAUUUGUCAACAUACAAUUAUGACGACAAGUCCGUUCGUAGCAACACAUCCAGAAGCUGACGUUCGUUUUCAUAAAAUCAUGCCUGUCAAAGCACUUUCGAUCCGUUUUUACGUAGGCUUUCCCGUUCUUGUUUCCAAGAUUGACGAUUCAGGAAAUGAAUUUGAUAUCCCUGUUGGUACCUUAUGCUGUACGGACUCAACCGCUCGCGGUGAAUUAACACGCACGCAAUAUAGAACAAUGGAGCAACUUACAAACACAGCAUCACGUCUAAUUCAGCUUAAAGCAAAACAGCUGCAAGACCAGACAACGAAAUUAGACAAACGAGCCAUGUGA